AUGGUCACAAACUUGGAGGUUGACAGUCACAAUCGCUUCAAAUAUUGCUUUAUGGCACUUGGUGCAUCAAUACGCGACUGGAAACAUUGUAGGCCUAUAAUUGUAGUGGACGGUACGUACUUGAAUGGUCACUACGAAGAAAACCUGAAAAAGGCGUACGAGAACAGAGAAGGGCUAUUUUUUGUAUUGGAUCGGUAUAAUAGUAUAAAAAAUGCAAUAGAAUAUAUGUAUCCGAGAACCUAUCAUGGCAUAUGUUCGUACCAUUUGCUGCAGAACUUGAAGUCACAUUUUGGGAAAUCUGGCCAAAACAUUACACAAGCUUUCAAUUCAGCUGUCAGAGCUUGCACAUUGGAAGAGUUUGAAUAUCAUAUGCGGCAACUAGACACAAUAAAUCAGAAGAUUAGCGCUUACCUGGCUGAGGUUGGACCUGAAAAGUGGUCACGAAUCCAUAUGCCAGAAAAUAGAUAUUCAACAAUGACAUCGAACAUCGUGGAAUUAGUCAAUACAUUCACAAAGACAGCAAAAAAUUAUCCAAUCGUAUCCCCACUGAAGUCAUUACGACAAACUACACAAAACUGGUUUUGUAAACACAGAGACAACGCGCAUGGGACUUUCACAAAGUUGACAAGCAAAUACGAGAACGAGAUCAGAAAAAUGAGUAUAGAUUUAAAGAACUUGAGGUUUUUCCUUCCAACUAGUCUGUUUUCUGUUAGCAAUGAUAAGACAACUUUUGUUGUUAAUAUUGAGAAACAGACAUGCACAUGCAGGAUGCUACAAGUUGAUUUGUUACCAUAUUCACACGCAUUGACUGUAAUUGCAACUACAAAAAGGGAUUCAUGUACUUUUUGUUCUUAUUAUUACACACGUGAUGCAUACUUGAAAGCUUACGAAGAUUCUAUAUAUCCUGUUGGAAAUCCAAGCGAAUGGACAUUGCCUAAAGAAGUGUUACAUGAAAUUAUCUUAGCUUCUAACCAGAAAUGGAGUUGUGGAAGGCCAAAUGAGAAGAGGAAGAGAUCAUCCAGAAAAUGA